AACGCUCCUGUGUGUAGCCUGCUAGCCUCCUGGAUGACUCUUCACAUAAUUUGUGGAAAGGCGCGUUUAGUGUCCAGGACAGACAAGCGUACAGCUAGCAACGGGCACUGACCACAUGCAGAUUUACUUUGUUUUAUCUGCGUAACAAAAUAGCAGCUUUACUGUUGAAUAAGUAAACCAGGAAGCGAUGUUAGCGUGAGGAAGCUCACUACAUCACCAACUGGCUACAAGUAUUGUCAGUUUAUCUUUGUUAAACUGUAACUAACAAAGAAGCUUUUUACACUCAUUUACAAUAGAAGAAGUCAUGAAGGUGGUCAAUAGUAGGAAUGGAGGGUCCUUCCUAGUGUGGACCCUUGCUGUUCAGCUUGUCCUUUGUGGGAGUGGGGUGUACACCAGUGACAGCACCAAGAGCUGCAAACUGCCCUCUGAGUCUGGGUCAGAACGAAAAGUCCUCAGUCGACUGGAGCCGCUUGCCCAUAAGAACUUUACAGUAGUGACCGAGAAUGAAAAAGAGAGUUACACAUAUGUGUUCCAGUUGUGUGGAGACGCAGCGGGUGUUCCAGGAGCUGGGGUUGUUCAGUUGGACACUAAAUCAAAAAAUAAACCAACAGUGAUUGGAUCCUAUAAUUCAACACAGGCCAUAGGAGGAAGUGACUGGGUGAUGUUGAUCUACAAAGACGGUGACACAUAUGAUGCCCACUGUUCCAAGGAAAAGAGGAAAGCCAUUGUCAUGAUCUCUUGCGACAGGAGCGUGGACGUGGGCCCACUGUCGGUGGUGCUGGAGGACAGAGAGAGGGAGCAAGACUGUUUCUACCUGUUUGAGCUGGACUCCAAUGCAGUGUGCCCAGUUAUUCAGUCCCAGCUCAGCACCGGCUCCAUAAUACUCAUCAUUGGGCUCUGUCUUCUGGCUGUUUACCUCAUUGGAGGUUUCCUCUACCAGCGACUGAUUGUCGGAGCCAAAGGGAUGGAGCAAUUCCCAAAUUAUGCAUUUUGGGUGGAGGUUGGCAAUCUGACAGCGGAUGGGUGUGACUUUGUGUGCCGGUCACGAAAUCGUAACGAGGCCCCGGCGUACAGAGGAGUGGUCGCUGAACCUUUAGAAGAAGAGCCAGAGGAGAGAGAUGACCACUUACUACCUAUGUGACCUAAAUAUGUCAGAAGUGGGACAGAGAGUUUCACUGUGUGACACAGUUUACUGUUUCAUGGGUUAGACAAAGUUGCUGUUAGACACAAGUCUUGUUUUUCUUGUACUGGAUUAGGUUAGGACCCGUUGACACUUUGUGUGUUUAUUCCAGACUUGUGCCUAAGGCAACCCCUGUGUGAUCUGCUUGUCACUAAAGAGGGUGUAUUACUCAUAGGGCUGACAGACCUGUCUCCUCUCCCUCCCCCUUACGUUCAUUCAGCUGUUUGAUGUCAAACAAAUGAGUGAUUCGUAACAAGAUUACAAAGUGGUCAUAACGAGUGACUCUUCUUCAAUGUAAAUCUGGCACAAAGGGGAUACAUUAAGAAGUUGAAUUCCUACAUGAUUUAAACUUAAUGACAUAUUUCUCAUAUUUUUCUGCUUAGCUACUGAUUGAUUGUUGUUUGAAGUUGGUGCAGGUUGAAACAAGCUGUUCUUCCCAGAGAUCUUGGUUCUGCUCUGGCACAUUAAAAAACACACAAGUGCUUUUGCUCGUGUCAUCUGGCUUUAAUCGGUUUAUGUUUUGUUUGAAAAGUCGGAGAAUGUAAAUGUUUAAUUUUAAGUACUGUGAGUUGCUUGCAGCCUUGCUACACAAGUAGAAAUCACUGCGAAAACUAUAGCUUGAGUUUGAUUUUUGUAGUGGGGCAUUUUCCUUUCUCCCACAUUAAAGGGAAAAGCUUCUACAUCAAUGCUAACGUCUCCUUAAAAUGGUUAGUAUUACCAACUUCCUGAGAGAAAUCUGAGCUUGUUAGUUUUGCUAUCAGAAAGGUCGACAAUGCUAAAUUAAAUUUAAUUAAAACUUACAAAUUUGGUGUCCACAGCAAAAGCGUCCAACUAAAUUAAAAAUUUAAUUUGAUCUCAAAUGAAUUUUUGCUCAUAAGUGCUAGUAUGCAGUGAUGGCCAUUUAGAAUAGAUUUGUAUAUGAAUUCUGCUAUUCAUAAUUUAUGAUUUCAAAAAGUAUGGUAUAUAUGUAGUGUAUGUACUUGUAUUUUCAUAGAAUAUGUUAACUGUCACAGCAAAAGACCAAUGUUCAUGAUUACAGAAUUAUUAAAUAAUGAAUAUUGUAGUAAACUGACCUGUCAUGAUAAAGCUGACCCAAACACCGGAUGCACUGCUUGGCAAGAGUAGAUUGUACUUGACCAAAUAUUAAAGGCCGCUUCAUGCUUCGAGCAUUGCUCCUCUUAGAAAAAUAUAGCGGCAAUGAAAGCACUUAAUUUUCUAUAUUGUUGUAAAAAUGUUACAGCUCUGAUGAUAUUAGUAAUGAGUUUUGUAAUAUUUUUAGAAAUUUCAAAUAGUUCUUGCUAAGUAUUAAAGCAGGAUUUUUGACCUUGAUGGAAAAAAUUAUGUUAAGAAGUUUAAGUUGUGAAUCCAGUUACUGUUUUAUUGUCAGUUUGAGGCACUUGUGUUUGUUUUGGUUUGUUUCUGUCACUUCCUUUUUGUGUUUAUUAUGGAUGACAUUUUUAUCCUUAGUUUGGCAAACUCCUGGAACACAGUCUGGUUGAAAUGGUUACACCUGUGUUUGUAGUGAACUGAACCACUAGAUUAAUACACUAGCCUGUUUGGUUCAAAGGUGAUUUCAAGCCACAAACCGUUUUGUUUGUUUUCUGGUUCCUACAAAAAUAAAAUAUGAAAGAAGUUU